UCCCGCUCCUUCCUCCCCCCUUCCUCCUCCUCACUACCCCCCACCCUAUCCAUUCCCCUUCAAAAACCCUAAUCCUAGCUCCCACAUUGCUCCUCUACGGCUCCCCUCUCCUCGCUCCCUUAGCUCCCUCCCUGCCUCCAUGGCUCUCGAAAUCGAAGAAGGGAGAGUGGAGAGGUACCUGAACCUGGGUAGCGCGUCCUUUAGCCCUAGCUCGGCCGCGUCCGCGUUCGCAUCCUCGACGAUCCCGUCCCCGUCGGAGGCCCCGGCGGCGCCGGCGCUGGUGAUAUCGAACUCGGGGAAGCGGAUCGAGCACCAGCAGGCGGGGCGGAAGAAGAAGUACGUGAAGCAGGUGACGGGGCGCCACAACGACACGGAGCUGCACGUGGCCGCGCGGCGCGGGGACGCGGCGGCGGUGCGGCGGAUCAUGGAGGGGAUCGGCGCCCGGGAGGCGGUGGCGGACGAGACCAACGAGGUCGGGGACACGCCGCUGAUCGCCGCCGCGGAGAGGGGGCACCUCGAGGUGGUGGUGGAGCUGCUCAAGUACGCCGAUGGAGAAGGAGUGUCGAGGAAGAAUCGGUCGGGGUUCGAUGCCUUUCAUAUGGCCGCUAGAGAAGGACAUGCUGCUAUUGUGCAGGAAUUUUUGAACCAUGACCCUACACUUUGCAAAACAUUCGGCCCCUCAAGUGCUACUCCCCUUAUAUCGGCAGCAACAAGGGGUCACCUAGAAGUAGUCAAGCUGUUAUUAGCACAAGAUUGCGGUUUAGUUGAGACGUCCAAGGAUAAUGGGAAAAGCGCUUUGCAUUUCGCCGCCCGGCAAGGGCACCUAGAAAUUGUCAAAGCAUUGCUUGACAAAGACCCGCAGUUGGCGAGGAGAACUGACAAGAAAGGUCAGACUGCGUUGCAUAUGGCUGUGAAGGGAACAAACUGCGAUGUGGUUAAAGCACUUGUCGAUGCUGAUCCGGCCAUAGUGAUGCUCCCUGAUAAAAAUGGGAACACAGCCUUGCAUGUGGCAACGAGGAAAAAGCGAGCAGAGAUUGUCAAUAUCCUUUUACUUCUACCUGACACCCAUGUCAAUGCCUUAACAAGAGACCACAAAACUGCUUACGACAUAGCCGAGGCCCUACCUCUCUGUGAGGAGUCUUCCUAUAUCAAAGACUGUUUAUCUCAGUAUGGAGCCGUAAGAGCCAAUGAAUUGAACCAACCCCGUGAUGAGCUACGGAAAACUGUUACAGAAAUAAAGAAGGAUGUCCACACACAGCUCGAGCAGACCAAGAAAACAAAUAAGAACGUACACGGUAUUGCUAAAGGACUUCGGAAACUACACAGAGAAGGCAUUAAUAAUGCCACAAACUCUGUUACAGUGGUUGCCGUUCUCUUUGCCACCGUUGCCUUCGCAGCCAUCUUCACUGUUCCUGGUGGGAACAAUAAUGACGGAACGGCAGUGGUCGGUCCAGCCGCUUCCUUUCAAAUAUUCUUCAUAUUUAAUGCAAUUGCUCUCUUUACUUCAUUGGCAGUUGUGGUAGUUCAGAUAACACUUGUUAGAGGAGAAACUAAGUCGGAGAAGAAGGUCAUUGUGGUUAUUAAUAAGUUAAUGUGGUUGGCUUCUGUUUGUACUACAGUUGCUUUUAUUGCUUCGACUUAUAUAGUUGUGGGCCGACAUCUUCAGUGGGCGGCAAUAUUGGUUACUUUAAUUGGUGGGGUGACAAUGGCUGGGGUUUUGGGUACGAUGACUUACUAUGUGGUGAAAUACAAGAGGAUAAGAAAGAUUAGGAAGAGAGAAAGGAAGUCUUCAAGGAGGAGUGGGUCAACCUCGCUGUAUCACAAUUCGGAGCUCUCGGAGUCUGAUCUCAAUCCAAUUUAUGCCAUAUGAUUGGGGGUAAAUGUUGGUUGAAUCCACUUUCAGUUCUCUUAGUUAUUACAUACUCAACCUGAUGUAUAGGUUAACAGAAGCAGAUUUACUUAUGCAACAAGGAAUUACAUAGUUUCAUGGAGGUAAAAUUUUCUUUUCUUCUGUUCUUUUGUUCUUUGGUAGCAAUAGGAACACAUGGUGUUGUUAAAAUGACCGUCCAUUUAUAUAUGUAAUGCUUCAUUUUAAUUUAUAUGAGAGUAAAUGUAUACUUGUUUCUA